AUGCCUAUGGAACCUCCACCGCGACCGUCGAGCUCGCUCUUCGAUGUUUACUUGCGCCUGCGCCCGUCUAAAGCUGGCGAUCGCUUUCUUACCGUCGAGGAUGGCGAAGCCAGCCACCCCACUCACAUAACUAUCAAACCACCUACCGAUGAUAAGCGCAAGAGAGCUGUCGAGCGAUUUGCGUUUACGCAGGUGUUUGAGGAAGAGGCGCGACAAAAGGAACUGUUCAAGGGCAUUGGCGUGAUCCCUAUGAUUGAGGGCGUGCUCGGCGCUCCAGGACAUCAUGGACGAGAUGGAUUACUCGCAACUCUGGGCGUUACCGGCUCUGGCAAGAGUCAUACAAUUCUCGGAACAAAGUCACAACGAGGCCUGACACAGAUGGCGCUCGACGUACUCUUCCAAUCCACCGGAGAGCAGUUGGUUCAGUCCUUUUACGGCGCACCAGCUUUCACAUCCCUCGCCGCGGCCGAUGUAUCAGAAGCGCACAUUUUCACGGCAACCGCCUUCCUAGAUUCUCUGUACGGCGACAACCAGUCCGAAGCGCGCUUCUCCCGGGCGCAAACACCCAUGGCGGAUGCGUGGCAUUCUAUCCUCCAAGCCACCUUCUCCACCCGCGCAAGUGCGGCCAUACACUCGAUUCGUCCCGUGAAUGGCGCUCUUCAAAGCAUUACCCGAGGUGUCUCGAAUACAGGCUUACCCGAGAAAAAGGACUGCAGUUCAUUCAUAACGAAUGGCGGAUCGCGCUCGAACAAGAUACCUAGACCCUCUGCGCUACCGCAGUCGCCGAGCGUUCACGAUAUCGAUCUACCCAUUGACGAGACCGCCGAGUAUGCGAUCGUAAUCUCCAUGUACGAAGUGUACAAUGACCGUAUAUUCGAUCUCUUGACCGGAAGCGCAACGAAGAGCAAGCAUCCGAAUCUGAAGCGACGGGCGUUGUUAUUCAAGAGCACGGAACAGAGUCCGGACCGCAAGGUCGUGGCUGGUCUUACGAAGAUCAUUUGUGGAAGCUUUGAAGAGGCGCUCAUGGUGCUCGAGACUGGACUCAUGGAGCGCAAGGUAGCAGGCACCGGAAGCAACGCCGUCAGCUCGCGGAGUCAUGGUUUCUUCUGCGUAGAGGUCAAGAAGCGCGAUAUGCAGCGCAAAGGACCCUGGUCAAGCAGCACGCUCACCAUCGUUGACUUGGCUGGGUCUGAGCGUGCACGAAACGCGAAGACGGCUGGCGAGACACUGGCAGAGGCUGGUAAGAUUAACGAGUCCCUCAUGUAUCUCGGUCAGUGCAUGCAGAUGCAGUCCGACCAUCAAGCAGGCUCACGAAACGUCGUACCCUUCCGCCAAUGCAAACUCACAGAGCUCCUCUUCUCCAACUCAUUCCCUUCGUCCAACCGCACAACCCACCACCACCACCCUCAGAAAUCCAUCAUGGUCGUCACCGCCGACCCCAAAGGCGACUUCAAUGCCACCUCCCAGAUCCUCCGGUACUCCGCGCUCGCCCGCGAAGUCACCGUCCCGCGCAUCCCCUCUACCACCUCAACACAUAUCCUUGCAACGGGCCCUUCAAAGUCCACAGGCACCUCCUCAGGCCGGACCACACCCUCCGCCAUCGUUGAAGAGAUGGACGCUGCUAACGCAGAGAUCGCCCGCCUAACCGCCGAAGUCGAGAUCUUCGCCCUGCGCCUCGUAGAAGAAACCGCCCGCAGGAAAGCAGCAGAAGCCUCCUGGCGCGCAGCCGAAGACUACAUGCAAGAUCUCGAGCAAGAAAUCCGCGAUGAGUGCUUCGCCGACAUGGAAUCCGCCGUCGCCGCAGAGCGCCGGCGAUGGCAAUCCGCGCUGGACAACGAGCAAGACUCACAGGCGCAACAUCUUGAUUCUAAGAUUGAUGUCGUUAUCAAGGCGACUAAGGCGCAGAUGCGGGAUGAGAUUAAGGUGUAUGAGGACCCUGACCCUGCGCUGAGAGAUCGGGUGGAUGAGCUAGAGAGGGUAAACGAGGUGUUGAUGGCGAGAUUGGAGGCUAAGGAGCGCGAAGGACAGCUGAGGAGUUCGAGUCCGGUGAAGAAGAUGAGGGUGCUUAAGGCGAAGAAGUGGGAGGAUCCUGAGAGUGGGAUGGGGAUAGGGCUUGAGGACUAG